UUUGAAAGAGAAAAGCAGUUAACUGCCAAACCGGCAAAAAGGACAUGAAAAGUUGAAUGUGUUUGUGUGUCCUUCCCUCCCUUGUCCCACGUGCUUUGCAUUUAAGAAGACUUAAGUGCAGACUGAAGUUAAGAUCCCGUGUGAAGAUGACCCCGCUGGUGGCCUUGGUGUCUAGCCCCCACGCCCGGCUCUUUACCUGCUUCCUCAGACUGGGCGCUCAGCAGGCCAGCUCACUUCAGCUGCACACAGGGACCAGCCUUGCGGUCAAGAACUACCAUGAGGUGCUGGUGCUGGGAGGGGGCAGCGGUGGGAUCACCAUGGCCUCCCGCAUGAAGAAGAAAGUGGGCGCAGAGAAUGUGGCUGUCAUUGAGCCCAGCGAGAGACAUUUCUACCAGCCAAUCUGGACCCUGGUGGGUGCUGGUGCCAAACAGCUGUCCUCAUCUGGCCGUCCCACAGAGAGUGUGAUUCCAUCCGGUGUGGAGUGGAUCAAAGACAGAGUGGCUGAGCUGAACCCAGACAAGAACUGCAUCCACACAGACAACGGCAAGGAGAUCUCCUACAAAUAUCUCAUUAUUGCUCUCGGAAUCCAGCUGGACUAUGGGAAGAUUAAAGGCCUUCCUGAAGGUUUUUCCCAUCCCAAAAUAGGGUCUAACUACUCAGUGAGCACAGUGGAGAAGACGUGGAAGGCUCUGCAGGACUUCAAGGAGGGCAAUGCCAUCUUCACCUUCCCAAACACCCCCAUAAAGUGCGCCGGGGCCCCGCAGAAGAUCAUGUACUUGUCGGAAGACUAUUUCAGGAAGACAGGGAAGCGAUCCAAGGCCAAUAUCAUUUUCAACACUUCUCUCGGAUCGAUUUUUGGGGUUAAGAAGUAUGCAGAUGCGCUGAUGGAGAUCAUCCAGGAACGGAACCUCACUGUGAACUACAAGCAAAAUCUCAUUGAAGUCCGAGCCGAUAGACAAGAGGCUGUGUUUGAGAACGUGGACAACCCUGGAGAGACCCAAGUGAUCCCCUAUGAAAUGCUUCAUGUCACACCCCCAAUGAGCGCACCUGACGUCCUGAAGAAGAGCCCUUUGGCUGAUGCUGCUGGCUGGGUAGAUGUGGAUAAAGAAACCCUGCAGCACAAGAAGUACCCAAAUGUGUUUGGGAUCGGGGACUGCACCAACCUUCCUACUUCGAAGACCGCCGCUGCCGUAGCUGCCCAGUCAGGAGUCCUUGACAGAACAAUUUCUCUGGUCAUGAAGAAUGAAAAACCAACGAAGGAGUAUGAUGGCUACACGUCAUGUCCACUGGUGACAAGCUACAACCGUGUGAUUCUUGCGGAGUUUAACUACAACAUGCAGCCACUGGAGACCUUCCCCUUUGACCAGAGCAGAGAGAGAGUUUCCAUGUACUUCAUGAAGGCCGACAUGAUGCCCUUCCUGUACUGGAAUAUGAUGCUAAGGGGUUACUGGGGAGGACCAGCCUUUCUGCGGAAGUUGCUUCACCUGGGUAUGAGUUAAGGAUGGCUCAACCCCUGCUAUCUCUGGGCGGCUUCUGGACCAAGAUCACAGUCAGAUUGGCCAAGAGCAGCAUCAAGGACUCCAGACCUAACCCUGUAAAGAGUUUAGUGCUGGAUGCUGGGUGACAGGGACUAAAUGCUUCCCUUUCAAGUCCCUCUCACAAGCCACUGUCCAGUCUGCCCGGGAUGAGCUUGGUUCCUUGGAAAUAUUAAAAUAAAAGAAUAGACUUCUAUUUUUUAACUAAAA